AUGACUGGGUUCAAACAUCCUAAAUAUACACAAAGUAAUGGCUACGAAGAUCAAGAUCAAGAUUUUGGCCUUCGUGGCCAUGCUUUGUGGAUUUUGAGGAUGUUUGGAGGGCCUCUUGAGGCAGCAUAUGGUGAUGAUAAUGAUGAAGGAAACCUCGCAGCCAAGAUAAAUGGGUACGAAGAAGACCUGCCUGCAAACCGUGAGAGUGCCCUUCAGAAGGCCGUUGGUAAUCAGUCCGUCUCGGUCGCCAUCGACGCCGGCGGCUUCGACUGGAGUGGAGUCUUCACAGGAGAGUGUGGCGCCGAAGUCGAUCACGGUGGGAGGGACGACGAUGGGACUAAGUAUUGGCUGGUGGGGCAUGUCGUGGGGGGAACUGGAGAAGGGUACAUAAGGAUGGACAUUGGCAAAAUAAGGAUGCCAAAGAGGGGCUUAAUUUGUGGCAUCGCCAUGCAGGCUUCAUACCCCACUGCCCACUGCCCACUGCCUGGUGUUAACAAGAACUGCUGCUGCUGCAUAUACAUAGCUUGUACUUUCCCUGUAUUGGAUCAACCUGAACUUAGUUGA